AUGGAGAGGGAUUUUUUGGGUUUGAGUUCAAAGAAUGGCAACCUGACUGUGAAAGAGGAGGCCAAUGAAGAAGCCAAGAAUUCAGCGCUACCAAGAAGUUCAGGGAUGCAGUGGUCAUUUUCAAACAAGGUUUCUGCACUUCCACAAUUCCUGUCUUUCAAGGCUCCCCAAGAAGGCGGGUCAAGAAAAACUGUUCAUGAUACAUCUGCAUUUAUGACUAUAUCAACUGCUGAUGCUUUUCACUUCAACCAGAAGCCAUUCUCUGGUGUUAUCCAGAAAAAUUUCACUCUUGAUAAGCAAGCUGGAAACCAUUAUGCAAUGACAGUCUCUCCUGUGCAGCAGUUUGAUGCACAUUCAGUGCAUCACUCUCAAGACCAAAGGAUUCCAAUUGCUUUUAGCACUCCUCUUCUCCAAUCCCAUCCUCCUGUUGGGCAGAACAUGGCUGGUUCUACCACAAAACUGCAACCACUUGGAGGAGUUCCAGUUGUGGCCCCUGUAUCUCUUCUUCCUUCUAAAAGUUCCCUAGUUGGUACCGCUGAUCUCAGGAAUGCAUCCAAAUCUUCUGGGGCACCUGCUCAAUUAACCAUCUUUUAUGCUGGUUCUGUGAAUGUUUAUGAUGAUAUAUCUCCUGAGAAGGCCCAGGCUAUUAUGUUGCUGGCUGGAAAUGGACCUUCUUCAACUCACUGUAAGGCACCUACCACAGCUCAAGUGCCGGCACCCAUCCCUAGACCUUCCCCAGGCGAUGGUGUUUUCAGGAACCAGGCCCAUAUUACAUCUACAAUCUCUGGGCUUCCAAGCCAUCUUUCCGUGACUUCACAUGCUAGUUCUCACUCUGGAGGAGCAUUUAGCAGCACCAAUGAAUUAGCUAUAGUGAAACCUGUAGGAACUUCAGCAUCUCCUAUUGACCACUCAGAGGCUUCUAAAGUAGUAGUCAGUUCAGUGGGAUCUGCUAUGACGAACCUGAUUCCAGCAGUACCAGUGCCUCAAGCACGCAAAGCAUCCUUGGCUAGAUUCUUUGAGAAGCGCAAGGAGAGGAUGAUGACCACAUUGCCAUACAAUGUCAGCAAAAAAUCUCCAGAGUGCAGCACACCUGGAUCUGAUGGUCUGAGUUUCUCUUUCAACUCUUCUGGUUCUUGCCCUCCUCAAGCUAUAAAUUAG